AUGAAGGGCUCCUCUGCAUUCGUCGCUGUUGCUCUCGCCGCUCCCGCCCUGGGUUCGCCGGCGAACCUCGAGGCCCGUGCUUCCUCUACCAGCUCCGGCUCGACCCCCCAGGUUUCGGUCAAGGGCAACGCCUUCUGGGCUGGCGACAAGCGCUUCUACAUCCGCGGUGUCGACUACCAGCCCGGCGGUUCCUCCAAGGUCGCCGACCCCAUCGCCGACUCGGACCAGUGCAAGCGUGACAUCGAGAAGUUCAAGGACCUCGGCAUCAACACCGUCCGUGUCUACACUGUCGACAACUCCAAGAACCACGAUGAGUGCAUGAAGCUACUUGCCGAUGCUGGCAUCUACCUCGCUCUUGAUGUCAACACGCCCAAGUACUCGCUCAACCGCAACGAGCCCGAGACGUCGUACAACGACGUCUACCUCCAGAACGUCUUUGCCACCAUUGACGCUUUCGCCAACUACGACAACACCCUACUCUUCUUCUCGGGCAACGAGGUCAUCAACGAUGACAAGACCACCGGUGCUGCCCCUUACGUCAAGGCCGUCACUCGCGACAUGAGACAGUACAUUGGCAGCCAGAACUACCGCAAGAUCCCCGUCGGUUACUCUGCCGCCGAUGUCGACUCCAACCGUCUCGAGAUGGCCCAGUACAUGAACUGCGGUACCGAUGACGAGCGCUCGGACUUCUUCGCCUUCAACGACUACUCUUGGUGCGACCCGUCUUCCUUCACCCAGUCUGGCUGGGACGGCAAGGUCAAGAAGUUCAGCGAUUACAGCCUUCCCCUCUUCCUUUCCGAGUACGGCUGCAACACCAACACGCGCAAGUUCGAGGAGGUCGCUGCCCUCUACUCGGACAAGAUGACCAGCGUCUACUCUGGUGGUCUCGUCUACGAGUACGCUGAGGAGGGCUCCAACUACGGUCUCGUCAAGAUCUCGGGCGACUCCGUCACCGACAAGGAUGACUUCGAUGCUCUGAAGUCCGCCCUUGCUGACACCCCCGCUCCUACUGGUGAUGGUGGCUACAAGACGGAUGGCAAGGCUUCCGAGUGCCCCAAGAAGUCGUCUUCCUGGGAGGUUGAUAGCGACUCGCUCCCUGCCAUUCCCGAGCCUGCUAAGAAGUACAUGACCGACGGUGCUGGUGAGGCCAAGGGUCUCAGCGGUCCUGGCUCUCAGAACGCUGGCACUGGCUCCAGCGGCACUGCUACCGCUGGCUCCGGCGAGGUCACCGCGACCGCGACCGGCUCCAGCGGCAGCUCCAGCUCUGGCUCCACCGGUGGUGCCGCCGGCUUGAGGGCUCCCGCUUUCGAGACUGCCCCCAUCGUCUGCAGCCUAGUCGUCCUGGCCUCGACCUUCCUCGGUGCCGCUCUUCUGUAA